GUCGCAUGAGCGUGGGAAAAAGCAUGACUCGACAAUAUCUCAGUUUACUGUUACAGGGACAAAAUCAGCAAAUAUUGGGUAUUUGACCUUCAGCAAGUACACUCAGUACCCAAGGCAUACCUUGUACUUUCUUCAUUCGGAAGAGGAGAUGGCAAAAGGAAAAGCUAAGAUCAACAGCAGUGUCAGCUCAGCUCCACCCCAGCCUCGAUCACUCAGGUCAAGGAAGAGGGAACAUCCAAGUGAUGACAUUUCCAAGACUGAGGAUAUUCAGGCUGCUCUCCAUCACCAGGACACUGAAGGAAAUAAUCCAGCAGCUGAUGCCACAGUGCUCCAGGGCCACCAGUCCUCUCUGCAGGAAUCUACUCUGAUUUCACCUCAACAGCAUCAGGCUGCAGAACAGUCCUGUCUCACCAAACAAGGUCCUGCCAUAGAAGAAAAACAUGCAGAAGCAAAAAACGUUUACUUAAAAGAUGAGACGGUUAAAGAUUUUGCGGGACAAGAAGAGACUAUAGUCACCAAUCCAAACAAUGACUCUCAGCUGGAGGGCUUUGGAGCACACACUGAUACUGAUGCCAAUAAGAACAAUGAGGAAAUAACUGAAGAGGAUGGUAGCAGGCCAUCAUCUGAAACAUGCAGCGAUCAUGUCCAAGUCUUCUUACCAACUUCUGAAGAAGAUGUUGGAUCCUGUGCAACAUCUUCAGAUGAACAACUGGGUGCAAAGGAGAAUUAUCAGUGCAAGUUGGAGAGAAACCAAGAAGCCAGCGAUGUAUACAUGGCUGAUGUGAAAGAAAAAAUUAAAAAGGAGGCACCAGCGGGGCUACCGGCCAAAAAGAAGCGAAGGAUGGGGAUGUGUGGUCUGACAGAGAAGGAACGGUGUCACUUUCUACAGACACAGAAGCGCGAAAACGGGCAGAACGGAUCGGAGCGGGUUGAGAAGCAGAUUUGUAAAAACACAGCUGACCUUGUGGCUCAGGAAGAUUUACCAUCCUCACUAUCCAUCCCAGUAGGCAAUGCCACAGAGCAGACCGAGGCCAAGAUAAACCUUGUGUCCAGCCACUGUGAAGGGGAUGACAGGGCAGAAACUGAAGUCCGCAUUGUUGUCACUACCUCAGAUGGGACCAGUACUGUGUGUGAUCAAUGCUGCUCAAAGGGAAAGAGAUGUGAGGCUGAAGGAGGCAUCGCGUGUGGUCUAGAACAACCUGGUGACACAAAGUCAGAUCCACCUGCUGAGGAGGAGAUUUGGGGGAAUCAGGAGCAGCAGGAACUCGAGGAACAUACAGCGGAGAUUAUGCCUCAAAGAGCUCAUCAACAAGUGAAAGAAGGGCAAGAUGGGCCAGAGGUAGUCGUCCAAAGUCCUGCCACUGCUCUAUACUCCAAAUCAACUCAAAAUGAGGAGACUAAGAACCUGGAUGCAAUCGAGACUGCCCUUCUGCAGUUAAAGACUGUGACCAGGACAAGAGAUGAGAAGAAGAAAGAGUUGACUCGUGAUGCUGGGGAUGCUGACGGAGCGGAAGCAGGCGCUUCAUCCACAGACUACCGGUCAGCGAGAUUUAACUGUGGCUCUGUGGAGCUCUGCGGGGCUGCAGUGACGCCCAGUGGCUCUGAGAGGAACGACAGUCAUAAUCCAGAUGAUGAACCUUGUGCUGGUCCCUCAACUGUGAACACUGAGCCCCCUCAGGCCAGGGACACCACUGACCUGUUUGGAUCUGGGUACUUGGAUUAUGUGUCGGACUCACAGUUGAACGCCAUUGCUCUGAUUGAGGAGGAGGUGAUGGAGAAAGAGGGCGAUCUUGGUACCCCAGACUGUCAUGAAGAUGCUACAGACCUGAUCUGUGGGCUCAUCAGAGAACUAUCCUCUCUGAAUCGCAAAGUCAUGGCUACUCAUAGAGAGAUGGAGAACCUGCGCCGUAGCAGUAAAAGUUCAAGGGGCUCCAUCCGUUGAGGAUUUGUUUCAAGUCCCUGUCAUCCUGAUCUUACAGUUGCCUCAGUGGUUUGGGAGUAAUUGUUAAAGCCUUUAAAUAAUUUACUUUAAAUCUUAUCUUCACUCUUCUUGUAUUAUUGACAACUGAAAUGUUCCGUUUAAUGGCUCAGUAGUUCUGAUUCUUUUCAAAUAAAGCUGGGUGUUGUUUAUUAA